AUGAGUUCUCCAGACCGAACGCCUUCUCCGGGCGACUUUGUAGGCCAUGGUGAGCCCAACUCACUCAAACGCGAAGACUCACCCCAGUGUGACCAGGAAAGUGCGGCGACCAGCUCAACAGCCGCACUUCUAGCCACAGUCAAGAAGGAGCAAUCUCAGAGCCCUUCAGAUUACCCUUCACUAGGCAACAUGCGUCUCAAAGCUUCAGCGUCUCCAUCCACUUCCAUGUCCUUGUCCAAACCUCCCGCCACCGCCAGGAACGACAGCUCGAAUGCCAAGAAAGAACCCAAGGAAGCCAACGGCGUCACAUCGCCUGCCAAAACAGAGCCCAGAGAGCCUGUCAAGCCCACCAAAUCAUCCCGCACCGCCUCCAAACUCCCUCCUCGGAUCGCUCCUUUGUUUGACCACGUCCCUGAUGCCACAGCAGAAGCCACAUCGACAUUCACAGUCAUCGACGCCUGUACCUAUCAAAACAAGUACCUUGGUUUCAGUGAUCAUGCUCUGGAUUGUGAUUGUUCCGAAGAAUGGGAUUCCAUCAAAAAUAUCAAUCAUGCAUGCGGAGAUGAUUCCGACUGCAUCAACCGUGCCUGUAAAAUGGAAUGCGCCGACGAUUGUAGCUGCGGCCAGUCCUGCCAGAACCAACGUUUUCUCCGCCGUCGCUAUGCUGAUGUCUCUGUUAUAAAAACCGAAAACAAAGGUUAUGGCCUACGUGCCAACACCGACCUCGGCCCUAACGAUUUCAUCUUCGAGUACAUCGGCGAGACCAUUCCCGAAGCCACGUUUCGCAAACGCAUGAUCGCCUAUGAUGAUGAAGGCAUCAAGCAUUUCUAUUUUAUGUCCCUUAGUAAGGGCGAAUUCAUCGAUGCUACCAAGCGUGGCAAUCUUGGACGCUUCUGCAAUCAUUCCUGCAAUCCAAAUUGCUAUGUCGACAAGUGGGUGGUUGGCGACAAGCUGCGAAUGGGUAUCUUUGCCGAGCGUCAUAUCAAGGCCGGCGAGGAACUCGUCUUCAACUACAACGUCGACCGCUAUGGCGCAAAUCCCCAGCCAUGCUACUGUGGCGAGUCCAACUGUACUGGCUUCAUUGGCGGCAAGACCCAAACUGAAAGAGCCACCAAGCUCCCUGCGGCUAUCAUUGAGGCUCUGGGAAUUGAAGACGCCGACUCCUGGGAUACCGUUGUUGCGAAGCGGCCCCGUAAGAAGAAGACAGCCGAAGAUGACGAGGACUAUGUCGAUAGUGUCGAAGCCAAGUCUUUAGAGACCGACGGUGUCACCAAGGUCAUGGCUGCUCUAAUGCAGUGCAAAGAAAAAUGGAUCGCGGUCAAACUCCUGCAACGCAUCCAACGCUCAAACGACGACCAGAUUUGGCAUAGGGUGGUCCGAUUCCAUGGCUACCAGAUUCUCAACUCUCAACUUUCCGCUUGGCGAGACGAUGAGAAUAUCAUUCUCCAGAUUCUUGAUGUUCUAGAUCGACUUCCUCGCCUGACAAGAAACAAAAUUGUUGAUGCAAAGAUCGAUCAAACACUGCAACCUCUGACCGAGCAUCCAGACGAUCGCGUAGCAGCACAAGCAAAAGCUCUGGUCGAAGACUGGGCCAAACUGGAGAUUGCCUACAGAAUCCCCCGCAAGAAACGUGAGGACACGACGUUGAACAAGAUUGAAUCUACGCCGUUUGAGAGGAGAGAGUCAGCACAAGAGAGGAGACGUUCAAGAUCACGGUCACGGUCACGAAGCCCGCCCCGCGGACCAACUUUGCAAGCCCCAUCUGGUCCAAGAUCGCUCCAGCGUUCGGGUAAUUUCUCUUCUGGCCCAAGACCAUUUCCGCGAGGGCCGCCUCCGCUACCUCGGGGUUGGUACGCGGCUCAGGAUCAAGGGAGGACAUACUUUUACUCCGCCACUGGACAAACCACAUGGACUCGACCGAUUCACCCUGCUGAUCAACUUCCCCCGCAACCGAAACAACCUCGGGAGCAGGAUGUGUUGAAGAGCAUCAUUGAGAAUAUCGUCACUUCACGAGAGAAGGACCCAAAAGCUGCGACCCCCGAAACCCCGGAGCCUACCAAAGUCAAGAAGGAAGAGCGAUGGAAAUCCUACGAUGAAGAGAAACAGAAGAAGUUGUACGAAAACACGCUCUUCCCUCAUAUCUCGAAUAUCAUGAAUAGGUACAAGCACAAGAUACCUAAAGAUGACCUCAAGCGAUUUGCAAAGGAAAUCGCUAAGAAACUCGUGGCCUCGGACUAUAAGGCGGGUCGGGUUAAAGAUCCCACCAAAAUCGACGAACGUCAGCAGAAGAAGGUUAAGGAAUUCUGCAAGCAAUUUUUCGAAAAAGCUUAUCAGAAACACAAGAAGCAUGAGCAAGAAAAGGGGUCGAAAGGUCGGAAACCCAAGCCAGAUGUGCCGACCAGUAGCUCUGGCCCCUCACCUGGUCUUUCUCCUGCUGCGGCAGAUGAUGACGCCGACGACGUUAAAAUGUCCGAGGAUGAAGUCGACAUUGGGCCAAGCGAAAGCCCUUUGGACCAGAAUGGGACGUUGAAGCGCAAACGCAUCGAGGAACAGGACGCUGAACCUGCUGACUCAUCAGUCAAUGACGGGGAUGAAGAUGUCACAGCGUCGCCUGCAAAACGUCUCAAUGUGGCCGUGGAAGGCAGCACACCCCCGCCGCCACCUCCACCACCGGCGCCCCCAAUUGAAACGCCGCCGGCUAGCACCCCUCGCGAGGACAAUGUGGACCACGACGUCGACAUGGAUGUCUGUAAUAAUCACACCAACAUUCACGCCGACACCAAUUUUCGGGCUAAAAGUAUGGCAGACGUCUUAGCCGAGGCUCAACAAGAGGGCCUGGAUGAGAACACGGUGGACAUGGAGAUUGAGUUGGGACAAGAUAAUAGAGGCCAGGCGUCGCUAUAGGGCACAGAUCAGGGGUGAGAUGACUAGCGACCAACGAACAGCUCCCACGGGCAGGAUUUGUCUCGGCAUGAAAACUCGUCGACACUCCAUUUGAUAACAAGGACCAAUUGGUCAGUGGAAUUGGCCACGGCAAGACAUGUAGGUCGACGAGCAGGAAGUGGGAUCCCCUGCUGUCUGUUUUGGGGCGUUGGAAACGGAAUUGCAACACUCUGUAUAUUAAUAUCACUGGGUGGGCACGCAGCCAAAUGCUUGGAAUGCAUGGGCUUCUUUCUGACAGUGCUUCAACGGGGCGGGAGCAUAUUGACAAUGAAGCCCACGUACUUCAAGAAUGCGGCCAGAUCGUUGCAAGCUCUGCUAGCACAUUGUAUGUAUGUUUAAGGCGGAAACUUGGAAUAUCGACAAG